AUGACGGCUUCCAGUUCAUGUGGUUCAUUAAGCACUCUCUGCGGAUUCCGAAAACGCAAGAACAACGGCGAACGGAUGGUUUUCGGCAACCGCGUCGAUGUGCUUGAGGCCAUUGAAGCAGGAAUUUUAGGACGUAAAGAUGCAAAAUCACCUGUCCAAAUGAUGGCGCCAACUAAGGAAGGCGUUGAGGUAGAUGGACGAUCUGAUAAAGAAAGGAAAUGA